AUGAGGUGCGUUGCUCACAUAUUGAACUUGGUGGUAAAUGAGGGUUUGAAAGAUAAGCAUUUGUCUAUUACUAGUGUUAGGGAUGUUGUUAGAUUUGUCAAGUCCUCACCUCAAAGGGCAACCAAGUUUAAAGAAUGCAUUGAAUUUGCUCGAAUAACUUGUAAAAGACUAGUAUGUCUAGAUGUUUCAACUUGUUGGAACGCGACAUAUUUGAUGCUUGAGGCUGUAGAGAAGUUUCAAGCUGGUUUUGAUAAGCUUGAGUAUGAAGAGUCGAGCUAUAGGGAGUUAUUUGGAAAAGGUAGUCCUCAUAGUAGUGAUGAUUGGGACAUUGUUAGAGCUUUUUUAACUAAUGUUUUUUCCACCUCUCAAAGUGUGAGUUUGCAUAGUGCUUUUCACCAAGUGCCUGCGAUCUAUUGUGAGCUGAAGCAAGCUACUAUGAACUUGAAUGGUGUUUCUGCAAGUGUGGGUGGGGACAUGAUGGAAAAGUAUAAUAGAUAUUUGGGGUGUGUUACUAAGAUGAACAAGUUGAUUUAUUUUGGAAUUAUUUUGUAUCCAAGAUACAAGUUGAGUUAUAUUGAAUGGACUUUUAAGGAUAUGUAUGGAGUUGGAUCUGUGUUUGCUAUCGGGUUGAUCAAAUCUAUAAAAGAGAGCUUACAAAAAUCGUAUGAUUGGUAUAAGCAAGCUUAUGACCAAAAUCAUAAUAGACAACCUCUUGGUAGUGGUGAAAACAAUGUUUCCAAUGAUGAAACAACAGCUGGCCGUCCUUCACUAAUGGCUAGAGCCGAUGCUUUUGAGCAACAUUUAGAGGAACAAGACUCGAUUGAUCAACAAAAUGAGCUUGAGGGUUUUUACUCUAUGUCUACGGUUGCAUCAGAAAGUGCCUUCAGUACGGGAGGGAGAGUCUUAGAAACUUAUAGGAGCUCCCUAAAACCUAAAAUGGCAGAGGCAUUAAUUUGCAGCCAGAAUUGGUUAAAGUUGUCUUUUACCUAUUUCAAAGACUUGAACCUCAUGGAAGAUUUUGAGCUUUCUGAAGAUAUUAUAGCAGAAUUUGAAGAAAUUUCUUCUACAGCAAGAAGAGGAUCUUUACCGUCUCAGCCACAACCUUCUGGUUGUGCUUGA